GACAAUGAGCGCUGGGAGACCAAUCGCAUGCUGACAAGCGGGGUGGUCCAUCGGCUAGAGGUGGAUGAGGACUUUGAGGAAGAUAACGCAGCCAAAGUGCACCUGCUGGUGCACAACUUGGUGCCCCCAUUCUUGGAUGGGAGGAUCGUCUUCACCAAGCAGCCAGAGCCAGUCAUCCCGGUCAAGGAUGCCACUUCGGAUUUGGCGAUCAUCGCCCGCAAAGGCAGCCAGCUGGUGCGCAAACACAGGGAACAGAAGGAACGCAAGAAGGUAGGCGCCGGACAUGGCUGCUAUCUCCUGGGGGUGGGUGAUCUGUGCCUAGGAGCCCCAGUCUUGGACCAGACCCUCACUGUGCUGGGCUCUGCACAAACAGAACCAAAAGAUGGUCCCUGCCCCAGCGAGCUGAAUAUGAGACAAACGACGGGCUAUUAA